AUGGUGGGCUCCAUGUAUAGCUUGGUCUCCAACAGCCUAAGCCUUGGGACCAUCUCUUCAGGCUUGGUGGUUGGCCAAACCGCCUACAUGGCCGAAUCUGGAAAGUCUCAGAUCCAAUUCGCCGAUUUCAUCAGCAGCGUUCCGGGCACCGUCUUCCACAGCACUGAGGUGUCGCGCAUUGAGACCUGUACGCUGGUGAAGGAAGAGCCGAGCGAUCCGAGCGACGUCAAUGAGACGGCUGUGGAGACGGCUGCAGAUGAAAAGUUCUGUGGUGAAGAGACCUCGAUCAGCCCCGGCCGGAUCAAG